AGCUGGCCGUUACGCCAAACUAACUAGUGAGUGGGGAAGUGACCGGAUGGCUAGGGAGCAAAGAAAAGUAUAUCAGCGUCAGCCAGCUCGCGCUGUUCUGCUGGACAUGAGCCCGCCAAUGGACUCCUACACGUGUCUCAAUGUCCACGAGGCUCUGACGUCGACUCUGUGUCUAGUUCUGCAACACCAGGGAGCUCCCUCUCUCUCCCACCUCAGUAUCACUCUACUAGGAAAUUAUCCCAAGUGCCUGUUUCCCAUGCAACCAAUCAGGAGUAAUGCACAGAGAGUGAGUGCUGCCCUCAAGUGCCUGGCUCAGGAGGCUCAGUGUCUGGUUGGCUCAGCUCCUUCUUCCGAAACCUGUCUCCUGGAUGGUCUCCAGGAGGUGCUAGCCCAGUUCCACAGACUAUCUCACAACUCAAAACAGGCGCUGGGAUCGACACCGUCUCAAGUGGAGGUGACACUAGUGACUGGAAGAAGAGAGGAGACUGUGAGAGAGAGGCUCACCAGGGCUUCGGAUCACAUCAGUCUAGACCAGCUGAGGAAGAUAUGUGUGGUGAGUAUGCCUGUGUAGCAUGUCUCUCUUGCAGUAUGCGUAGAAUAAGCGGAAGAAUAGGAGGGCUCGCUUAAUUCGCUCUCCUAUGAUUCUGCAGUUUGCAUACCUACAAGCAAAAAUACUGCCUAUCCCUCCAAAAAAUCACCAAAUCCCUCUUUUUUUGUGCUACCAUGCCUAUACAUUUUGAAUGGACACACAGCAUUUUGAAGCAAAAAUACUCCAAAUG